AUUUUCCUUAACCAAGUUCCUUAGACAAUGAGUCGCUGCGUCGCCAAUUCGCUGAGAAAGCUAAUGGCGUUGGUCCCUGGAUUGAGAAGCAGAUGGAUGCUGUUGCUGCCAUUGGCAUGGGCAUGCAUGGAUCUGUUCUUGAAGAUCAGCUUAACCGUCUGAAGGACUAUGAAGCAGCUGUUAUUGGAAACAAGGCCAUCAUGGAUGAGAUGGGAGAAGAUUCACCAGGCUGUUCAGGAGUCCAUGAUCUUCGAAAAUAGGUAUACCCAGUACACAAUGGAGACCCUCCGUGUGGGAUGGGAGCAACUCCUGACCUCCAUCAACCGCACCAUCAACGAGGUGGAGAACCAGAUCCUCACCAGGGAUUCCAAGGGUAUCAGCCAAGAGCAGCUCACAGAGUUCCGUUCCUCCUUCAAUCACUUCGACAAGAACAGGGGUGGCCGCCUUGCCCCAGAGGAGUUCAAAUCGUGCUUGAUAUCUCUGGGAUACUCCAUUGGAAAGGACCGUCAGGGCGAGAUUGACUUCCAGCGCAUUGUAAGCAUUGUUGAUCCUAACAGCACCGGAUUCAUUCAGUUUGAUGCCUUCCUGGACUUCAUGACCCGUGAGAAUGUGGACUCUGACACUGCUGAACAGGUUAUUGACUCCUUCAGGAUCUUGGCUGGUGACAAGCCAUACAUCCUUCCUGAAGAACUGCAGCGUGAGCUUCCUCCAGACCAGGCUGAAUACUGUAUUCAGCGCAUGCAGCCUUACUCUGGUCCUGAUGCUCCUCCAGAGGCCCUCGACUACAUGUCCUUCUCCACCUCUCUUUAUGGCGAGUCCGACUUGUAAAUUGCGUGCACCAAUGAUCUCGGGGGGGGUAAACCUCGCAAGCAAUCAACCUCGGGAGGGUAAACCAACUGUCACGAAACCCUCUGUUCAGCUGAUCAAAGGUGGAGGGUGAAGUCAAACCAGAGGACAUGUAAUUUUUAAAUUAUUUUGAAUGGUGGACCAUCUUCUGUCAUCUGAACUUUGACUACUACAGGAAUUGUGGACCCAAGAUUGAAAGUUUGAAGUCAAGUAUAAAGUAUAUAAAGUACUAUAUAAAAGAUAUGUAUCCUGGUGAUACAUAGAGUAAAUUUGUAAAAUUUCGGGUCAAACUUAUUAAUCAAUAAGAAAAAAAUUAAGUCCAUCAAUUAUUGAUACUGUUAAGGACUUUGCUCUGCACAAAUAGUGUCUGUGGCCUGUGACUGGCACUCGUAUGGCCUUUUCAGCUUUUCCCAUGGAAAUGUUGUUAAUACUCUGAAUGCUCGUCACAGCUACUAGACAGUGUGGUUUACAUGGCGGACAAAAGACACUACUGUCUGCAGGUGCUACAGAGGAGGAGCAGGACAAAGACCAGGAAGAUAUGUAAAUGCUAGGUUUCUUACCAGCAGUCUGACACAUUGACAAUAAUGACUUGGGCCUUCAUCAACUUCUUCGGCUCAUUCUAUCUUUCCAACUGUCACCUGGUACUUUGCCUGUAACUUGACAUUCGAGGAUCAUUGUUCACACGACCCUUUGAUAUUCAAUUUACCCCAAACACUGCCGCCAAUAGUGCCUCCUCCUCAGUUUGUUGUUCUUCCAGUGAUCUGUCAAACCCUCUGACCCAUAUUCUAGAAUGUCUCAUGAUCUGUCUCUCAGGCAUAGGCUUAGACAACACUGGCCAGUCAGAAAAUGAAGUGACAUGAGAUGAUGACUGGAAGGCUGAUUUAAUGUGAUGUUCAAGAAUGUGGGUCUCUGCCUCUUGUUGUAGUGUAAUCAUGGAAUCUAGUCCUAACUGCUGUAGCAAAGCCAUCUCCCAGCAAGAAAGCUGCUUCUUCUUAAGCAGAGUUUUUGUUGUAAAUAUAUCAAGAAUAGUUUAUCACAAAGACCUUGCUUUAUUUUCAUGCUAAUACUGUAUGUAAAAUGAAUAAAAAUCACUGAUCUUCCCUCGAUGGUUUGUGAUGUGUAUAUUGCCAGUGGUGUAUUCCAACACAAUUCUGUAAAAAAAAAACAUCUUUUCAUCAUGUAAAUCCAUAUGAAACUUCACAAAGUGGGCAAAGGUGUUUGCCUUCUUUGUACUAUCAUUAACUGAAAACUAGUGCUUGUCUUAGUGUACAAAAAUCGCUUCAGACUAGCGCUUCUCUCAGUUACAUGACAACUUUUCUGCAAAAUUUGUAUGUGCUUUGUUUAUAUAAGAGAGCUUCAAUCAUGUUUGUUAUAAUUAGAUAGUGUUUUUUUUUUCUCAAAGAUUUGAUCUUAUCUGUAAUUAUCCUAGGGCGACAUUAUUUAUUGUUACAGGCAAUAAUCACUGAUGACUAGGAACCAGGGUGAUGUGCUAUUCUUUACACAUACUUUAAAUACAUUAUUUUAUAAAUAUACAACUGCUCACAUGGUUUCUUAGUUGUUUCAGUGUUUACCAACUACAGCCUCAUACACUUUGUGUAAGAUCUACAAAUAAAGGCUAAUGAAAAUUU